AUGGCAUCCUCCCUGAGUGCUGCCGGAGGUUUCGUCCAAGGCGGUGGCCACGGGCCUCUGUCAAGAACUUUCGGCUACGCUGUUGACAACACUCUCGAGCUCAAGGUGGUGACGGCUGAUGGACGAGUCCGAGUAGCCAACCAGUGUCAAAACCCGGAGUUGUUCUGGGCUCUCAAAGGUGGCGGCGGAGGGACUUUCGGUGUCGUGGUUUCCACGACGUACCGGACCUUUCCUGAGCUCAAGCUUGGCUACCUUCACACACUGUUCAUCGCUGCGUCUUCCAGCCCCUCGAGCCACAGGGAUCUCGUCGCCAAGUUUGUGGAAGUCACGCCUUCCAUGGACGAAGCUCGGCUUGCCGGCUACUUCUACAUCUACACCAGCCUCGUAAUCAUCUCUUUCGUGCUGCCGAAUGGAACAGUCGCGGAAGCACAGGCUGCGUUUGCUCCCCUGGUUUCCUACGUCGAUAAGAACCCGGAGCUCUUGGUCAUCAACAACACUGUCACUUCCCACGACACUUUCGUCCAGUGGCAAGACGGAGUUCUCUGCGCAGUCAAUCCAGUACUGUGCACCGAUGCAACCGGGACAAGCGGGCUUUUCGCGACGCGGUUCAUGCCCAAGAAGAUCUUCCAGGAAUCACCAGCUGUGCUGACCGACACCCUCAUGCGAGUUCUGUUCGAACGUAACUUCAGUCCCAUCUUCGGCUUGUUUGUGUUUGGAGGCGCAGCAUCGAGCGUCCAAGGCAGGAACAAUGCCCUGAGCGCCGUCUGGAGGGAGGCUCUGUGGCAUGUACUCAUCGUUAGGACCUGGAACGAGAGCACGAGUGUGGAGGAGCGAUAUCAGUUUUCUCGAAGUCUCACCUCCGCGAAUGGUCUGUUUCGAAGCAUCACGCCUGGCGGAGGGUGUUACAAGAACGAAGGAGAUUACUUCGAGCCAUACUGGGAGGAGUCGUUCUUUGGUGAGAAGUACUCGACGCUCAAGGCCAUCAAGGAGAGCGUGGAUCCGACUGGCCUGUUCUUGUGUUGGAAGUGCGUUGGAAGUGAAAGCCUGGUUCAAGGUGGAGCUUCUUAG